AUGAAGAACAAGGCUUCUGUUUUCUUGAAACAGAUAAUGACCUUGUUGAGCUCCAUAGUCAAAGCCAAGUCCUUGGCCAUCAAGAGCAAAACCAGCGCGGUGAAGGCCCGCCUCAUAAUGUUCUCUUUGGUGAAGAACAAGAAGGUUUUGAUGGACACGGUGUCUCACAAGAUCCACAGCCUCCUCGGCCACGACCACCGCCACAAACAAAGCGAUGAAGAGGACGACGAGGGAUCGGACAGAAGCAAGGCCCUCGUUCUCUACAACACCAUCACCAACGAGUACUCGCGUUCGGCUGGUGCUUGUUCGAGCUACAAUGCCAUGGCCGAGGAGGACGAGGAUGAAGACAAUAAGUACCCGGAUCUGAGGCACUCGAUGUUCGACGAGGACGAGAACUUUGACGACGUGAAGGAUGGCGGGUCGGUGAUUGAUAUCGUGAGGAAUUCCAAGGAGGAAGGGGAGGAUUUCAAGCUGGAAGAUGAGAUUGAUCAGGUUGCGGAUUUGUUCAUUAACAGGUUUCAUAAACAGAUACGCUUACAAAAGCUUCUCUCCUUCAAGAGAUAUCAAGAAAUGCUAGAGAGAAGCCUCUAA